AUGUCAUCUUUGGAACAACUGGAGCUGGAAGAGUUCGGCUUCCAAUUGAGACCGGCCAUUCAGCUGUUCGAUCCGGCUGAAGUCCAAGGUUUGGACGCACAUCAUUAUAACUUGCUGGCAAUCUCAAAUAAACACAAUCUACUGUUUGCCUACCUUAAUAACAAUCUCAAGAUAAUCGACUCACAGGAGCUUGAUAAGCUUCUGUCUGCUGAUCCAGAUAGUGAUAGCUAUUCUAUCGCGUGCUUGCAGGAGUUUGAGCAAGCUGGAAUUGUUCAAAUAGUACUAUCCGCGGACGAGUCCCAUCUGAUCAUUGUGAAACAAGACACCAUAGAACAGGCUAACCUUGACAAUUUGAAACAGGGCACAUGGGCUACAGAGAUUCUUACCUCGGUAGACUGCGAGGUUGUUCACCUUGCCUCAAGCGCGCUAGGCACCUUUGCUUAUCUGUUAGCUGAUGGCCGGCUGAUGCUGUUUGAUAUAACUGGAACCAAGAUUCUUCGUCAAGAGUGUAAUUGUUUUGACUGGAUAGACAACAAAACUUUAUUGAUCGGCGUGGAUUCUCAUGUUGAGCUGCUCAAGACCGACUCUGGGAGCUCAGAGACCAUUUCCCUUGAUGAAGAUCGCAAGCCGGUCUUUGUGACGGCCUUAGAACGAGACAGCUGGCUGGUGGUCCUUGGUGGCGAGACAGACGACGAUGACACGAAAUCAUACGUCAUUACCAGAAACGGUGACACUUUGGACAAAAGCGAAGCGUACGACAUUUGCAUGCCAUUUGGUGUAAUUCCACGAAAAUUGAGCUUCUACACUCUCCAUUUGCACAAGUGGAGCUCCACCUACCCGCAUCUUGUGUUUCUCACUAGCUCAAAAUCGACAGAGUUCAACACCUUAACGAAAACACAACAGUUACUGCAGCUGAAUGAUUCCGACAGAGCGCAAAUGCCCCUGGACCCUGACUCGGGAGAUGACGACACACCUCUUGGCCUAGUGCUUGAUCUAACAGGAAAAUCAGAAGUUUUGGAACCCUGUCAACAGGUUGAGAAAUGUGGUGCUUUGCCCAAGAUGAUUGCACUUACCAAUAGAGGACAGCUGCUGGUCUGGAACAUUUGGCUAUCCACUGACAUCAACGCUGGCAAGGUUGACCUCGGGGCUGCCAAAGAGGCGGCUUCGACUGAGACGGGAAAGAUUGAGGUGCUAGAGUCUUCGGAAAGUCAGCAAGCAGCGCCAGAACAGACGCUACCCAAGGACUUGGCUUCUUCCUUCUCCCAAAAUAAGACCAGCUUGUUUGGACAGUCCGAAAAGCCAGCUGUACAGAGUCCAUUUGGAUCUUCCACAGCUACAUCGUCUCCAUUUGGAAAGUCGGGUUUCUCAACAGCUACAGGAGGCUCUGCUUUUGGGAAAUCAGGUUUCGGUCAAUCUGCUUUUGGUUCUGCAGCUUCUGGAUCUUCCAACUCCUCUGGGUUUGGGCAAUCGGGUUUUGGAUCCUCUGGAUUUUCUUUUGGGCGAUCAAACCCCACAGCAAAUGCCUCGUCACAAAAGAGUGCCGACGCGCCAAAAAGCUUUGGGGCUUUCUCCUCCUUCAGCUCGGGAACGAAUGCUUUUGCUUCUAAAUCAUCAUCACCUUUCAAUAUCCAGCCUAAAGAAGACAUAUUUGCAAGUGCUGACAAAAAGGGCAGCUCACCGUUUGGGGAAACCAAAAGCUCAUUUGGAAAUACUAGCUCUAGUUUAUUCGGACAGGGCGGUUCAGCGUUCAAGUUCGGGUCCAACAAUCAAGUUUCCAAAGACAGUCCAUUUGCACAAUUAAGCUCAAAGCCAGUCAGCCAAGAGGAGAAGAAGGACAGCCAGCUGAGCUCUGGUUCAAGUCCUUUUGGAUUGAAUUUCAAGAGCUCUCUUGGUUUAGACAACCUGAAACUUGGCUCCAAAUCCCAAUCUCCAAGUCCAUUUGCAAAUCUCUCAGGGAAUACAGAAAGUCCAUUCUCCUCGCUGAAUAAAAAAUCAGAAAGUCCGUUUGCAUCCUUGGGAAACAAGGAGAGCACACCUUUUUCGAACUUGAAGUCUCCUGCAUUCAACUUCUCACAAUCAAAGCAGGAAGCUGACAAAGAGGCUGAGGAAGUUAUUGAAGAUUCUGAAAAUCAAAGCGACGAAACCCUCGACGGCGAUGAUUCUGAUGAAGAUGAGAAAGAUGAUGUACUUGAGGAGAACGAGGGUGAGGCUGAAGUGAAAACUCCAGAAGAAGUUCCCUCUCUGGAAGAUUCCGACCUCAGUGAACACUCAGCCGAGCUGGAUGGAAGCUUUGAGGAAAUCGAAAGGCCGGAGAGCUUGGACGCUUCUGCUCAGAGAACACAGGAGUUGCAUGUGGCAGCUAAGGCUGAAGAGGAUAGUGAAAAAGAUAGUGAAGAACAGCCAGUGCCCCCAUCUGCAGAGCGCAAAGUGUCUCAAUCAGGGACUGAGGAAACCGACGCGGGGCAGCCGCAGGAAGUCGCCAAACCGUCCGAACUCAAGCCCUCAGAUGACGCUGCUGAGACAGAACAGGACUCGACUGUCGAAUCGCCGCAGAGUGACUCCAACGCCGAUCAGUCAGUAUCUGAAAGUAGUUCUGGGUCAGCAGCCGUGCCUUCUACAGCGGCUCAGAGCGAGCCAGAAGCAGGAAAGACAGAUCUCAUUCCUCCACCGAAAUCGCCUCUUGUUGAGAAGUCUGUCUCCACGACUGAAUCAAAAGUGGUGGAAAAAAAUGUCGAUUUUGGAGAGAUUGACAAAGAUAAGGGACCGAAAGCCGUUCCCCAGUUAGUCUCGCUGGGGUCCAUGGCUGUUCCAGAGCUGAGCUCCAACGAGGUGUUACGUGAAAUGGAGAAGAUCGUUUAUCACACCGAUGCAGAGUUCAACAUUUUGCAUGAAAACAUACGGUUGUUUGAGGAGUUUAUGGAGGAUCACGCAUCAGGGAAGUAUCCACGCAAUUUCAGAGACCACAGUUUGUUUCCUACAUCCUGGAGGCUGUCUGAGGUUGGAAAACUUUCCGAGGUCAUGAACCAAAACGUAGCAGACUACUCCAAGCUGAAAGCUGAUUUGGGUGCUACAUUUGACGAUACGAGCUCUUUACUUUCCAAGUUGAACGCUAUAACAAAUCAAAGUGAUGAGAUACACACAAUGCUCAGGGAGUUGGAGCAAAACAGGAAACACCCUCACUUGGAAAAGAAUCUGUCUCCCGCCGCGUCCCAAAAGCUGGAUGCCAUUCGCAAGGGAUACGAGAAGCUCCGCGAUAUGGAAAAUGAUUUGCAUGCACGGCUAUUUGUUCUGAACGGGAGGUUAUUCCCUGAGCGCAUCCUUGAUUCGCCAACCAAUUUUGAGGUGAUUGUUUCUGGUCUUGAUGCCAAAUUGAGAACAUACUACGAUCAGCUGAAGUAUUUACAGGAGAAGAUCAGCGAGUACAAAGCCAAAGACAAGCCUGUAACGAAGCUGCUGCAGCAGUUUGACAAGCUGAGCGUGGCGUCGCUGGUUUCGCAGACUGCUGCCAAAGAACAGCUGGGCACGUAUUUGCAGGGCCGCAAAUCGGUGACUCACACGGUGGAGCUAUAA